AUGCGUCGCGCAGUGAUCCAGAACCUGCGUACGUCUCGGAGAGCAGCGACUCCACGCAAAGCGCACAAUGCCCUCCAGCGAUCGAUAGCGAGUCGGUCAUUCCAACCACUACAUUCGUCCAUGCGUCUGUCGCGACGCAUAUCAGUCCCAGUCGCGCUCGGUGUGGGAGCCUCAGCGCUGUACUACGGCUAUACACAACAAAGAGCACAAUCAGUGGCUCCAGCAGCAGAUGUUUCGCCCGUAUCGAGCGCGCUGAGCUAUUUCACCGCCGCAACCGCGCAAACACAUUCGCCUUCCACACCACCAGCCGGUACAUCGAUCGACCCUGAAGCAGUACCAGAGGCUGUACGGAAAGCUCUGAUUGUAGACCAAGGACAGCUUUUCACAGCACAAAUACCUGCAGAUCAAGUCAUCAGCAAAGAGACCGACAACUCUGGACGCAAGGUGCUUGAGAUGCUAAGUCCGGAGCAAGCAAGUGCGAAAUUAAGAACAAACGAGGAGAGCUAUCUGGUAGGCAGAGGAGAGGGUGUGGUGAGAUACGACGUGGUGCAGAUACCCAGCAACGACCCGAUCGAGGAUGAUCAUGUGGAGAAGAUCGUGGAAGUGCCAAACACCACCGCUGCGGCGGCAGAUGGCAAGGCUAGCCAGGACUGGAUGUUUUGGGGAGUGUUUGAUGGUCAUUCCGGCUGGACCACCUCUGCCAAGCUGAGGCAGACCCUUGUCUCGUAUGUCGCCCGAGAGUUGAACGCGACGUACAAGAGCGCGCUGCAGGACCCAAAGCUCACAUUGCCGGACCCCGACUCCGUGGACGCAGCCAUCAAGAAGGGCUUCGUCAAGCUGGACAACGAGAUCGUGAACGACUCAGUCACGAAAGUGCUCAAGGCACAAUCGAAAGUCGUGGCUGCCGAGAUCCUUGCACCAGCACUCUCCGGCUCUUGCGCACUUCUGUCUUUCUACGACAGUCGAUCGAAAGAGCUUCGCGUAGCAUGCACGGGUGACAGCCGCGCUGUGCUUGGACGAAGAGGAAAUACCGGAAAGUGGACCGCAACAGCGCUGAGCGUCGACCAGACUGGCGGUACACCCUCGGAAGAUGCGCGAUUGCGAGCCGAACACCCCAAUGAACCAUAUGUGACCAUGAAUGGGAGAAUCCUGGGUGGACUGGAGCCCAGUCGGGCGUUUGGAGAUGCGAUCUAUAAGUGGUCAAAAGAGACGCAAGAUAAGAUGAAGAGGAACUUCUUUGGACGUACUGCCUCCAAAUACCUGGAAACGCCGCCAUAUGUCACCGCAGAGCCUGUCGUCACGAGGACAAAGAUUGAGCCUGGCAACGGCGACUUCGUGGUCAUGGCCACUGACGGUCUCUGGGAGAUGUUGACAAAUGAGGAAGUCGUUGGUCUGGUCGGGCAGUGGCUGGAGACACAAGCCGCGACAACGACAACCGCCAAGAACGCAAGCAGCGGAUGGCUGUCAUCAUGGUUCAGCAGCCAAAAAGCAUCGAACCUGCCCAUCGAGCACCACGAUCAAGGUGGCAGCGAAGGACACCGCGCGCCAGUCCGUCAACAGCAAUGGGGCGUAGCCGGCGGUGAUCAGCGCUUCGUAGUCGAGGACAAGAACGCCGCGACACAUCUUGUGCGUAAUGCGCUAGGUGGGAAGGACAGGGAUAUGCUCAGUGCACUUCUGACUCUGCCCUCGCCUUACAGCCGGAGAUACAGAGACGAUCUGACAGUGCAAGUCAUCUUCUUCGGUGAAGGGCAAGGUAAUGGCCAAGUCGAGCUGAACAAAGAGGCCAGUGCUACUGCUAAUGGCAACGGUGCAAAUGGCAAGCCGAAGCUCUGA